AUGUCUACAAAUUUGUCCGGAAAUCCUCCGUCCUUGGCUUUUGCACCAUCACUCGCUGGACGCCCCCAAUCAAGUAUUCCAACGCUUGGAUCAGUAGUAAGACCAAUUACUCCAGUGAGCCUUGAAAACAUCACAUCAGCCAAAGCCGAGAAGAAAACAAAGAAYAUCGCGAGACCAAGAUCCGCAAUCCCRUCUCCAUCAAAGAAUGCGGCAAGGUCCAAUUCCUUCCUUUCCACCAAGCGGAUUGUGCCUUGCCCUCCAAACGUACCUAAACCUGGGAAAUCAUUCCCCAGAAGACGUCAAACAGUUGUUCCAGCUACCUACAUUCAACCUCGUAAGAGCCCUGAGCUUGGAGGUCCAUAUGCGCUAGCUGUGGUUGGCAAAACUGUAGGAAAAGCUGACAAAAACACCUCGCAAUUUGARGAAAAAUCGAAUCAGGACCUUGUCGAAGAAAAGGAACAAUUAGCGUACAAGAGCAAAAUUCCAAGAUCCUUCGACAGGUUCAAGGCCGCUACACCUUGCUACAGUCGAUGCAACAGUCUUGWAGWACAGACUGAAAGYCUUGAUGCCAUCAAUGGMGGGCCUUUGUUUACAGAAGAAUCAGACAAGGGCUCCUACAAGCCAGUUACGGUCAUCAUCAAGAAGAAGUGUGUAUCAGAAACGGCUUUACUGAGCGAAGAAAAGACCGAAGGACAAUCAUCUCCCGAGCUAAGCAAACARGUCCGUCUCAGCCGCUCUAGAUCAGCUCGUCAUGUUUUAGACAUGGGAAAAGUYGACAUCAAUGCACAUUAUUACCGUGACUUGGCCAUCCAAAUGGAAAAGCCUAAAGCGCUUCUUCGAUCCAGAUUUGACAAGCCAGACAUUUCCAGCAAAGCACGAGAAAUUCUGCCUUCAAAAUUGACAUCAGAGCGGCUACAAGCAGUCUUCCAGGAACGAAUGACACGAGACUUCCAUCAUCGCAAGUGUGGUGAACUCAUUGACGAAAUUGCCUUGAACAACGCCGUGAAAGAAUUCAAAAACAUCCAUGACAUGCUGCUCAAAAUGAAAAGAAAAUAUUCUCCCAAGAAAGAUCAUGGCAGUGACAUCUUCAUCAGCAGUUUCUCUGAGAAUACAUCUGGAAGUAACAUCCUUGUCCUCAAAAAUCUGGCCAAUGAGCUGUGCAAGAUGGUGACUGAGGUCGACAACAGCGUUUCACUUGUUCAGAAAAGUGCUCAAAACCUUGUUGGUGAAUUCCAGGACCGUCUUUCCAAAACAACAGACAAACUUAGCAACGAUCUUCUACUUCAACAACARGAGGUCCAGAAACUCAGGCAGGCUAAUAUUGAGUUGGAAUACUCCAUUAAAGAAAAGGACUGCAACUUUGAGUCUCUGCAAGCUCUUGUUGACAAUUUGAACGCGGAAAAUGAUAAGCUUGAAAAACGCUGCCGUGAGCUUGAAGAAAGCAACGAGAGAGCUACGCUUGAGCUUACAUUCCGUUGCCGUGAGCUGAACAACUUGAGAUGCGACGUCCAAAGAAGAGAUGUCUGCUCCUCCCAGAUGCUUGAUGAGUACCACAACAUGUGGAGAGAAAAGAACCAGUUGAACACUCAGAUUUSUUUGAUGCAGACAGAUCUCAGUGUUGCUGAGAACAGAAGACUAAUUCUUUGCACWGAGAGCAACGAGCUGAGAGAACAGAUUGACAAUCUCAUGAGGCAGGUCAGAGAGCUUGGAGGAAGUGUUCCUGAAUUUGAAGAGGCAACAAAUCAAGACGAUUCCAACAGUYUAAAUGAWMAGCCAGACUUAGCCRCUGAGUUUGCCCUCAAGCCAGCCAAAAGCUUCAGAUGUUUACACACAGCUGAUGCUGACCCCACUUCAAGUGUCGACCCKAAGCACAUCUCGUCAGACGAGUACAUCGUGUUUCUUAACGAAGGCGAGCUACAGAAUGGUCUGCAUGACAAGGGGGAAGCUGAGCUCCUCACUAACAAAGAGGCUCGACCUGCGAAAGAAUUUUCCAAUGGUCAGAAUCAUCAAAUGGUUAAUGGGCGAGAAGGUGUUGUGAUGCAAAUGGCUGACGGAUUGGAAAUUAUCAUUCCGCAGGACGUGGCUGAACGACUUAUGAAUCUCGAGUUGGCCAUCCAGGAGCGAAACAUCCAGCUCACCGAGUUCCAGGAGAUGAUUGAUUCCUUGAAAGAGCAGAACUCCAACCUCGAGCAGGAGAAGGAGGAAGAGAUUGAGAAGUAUUCAAGCUUYCGACAGGAGACACUGGAAGAGGCCCAGCACCUCAGAGACAUACACAGCCGUCUUCAAGAGAAGGAGAAGGAGCUAGACGAGCUGUUGCGCAAGAAUUCAAAAGAGGAUUCAAACAAAGGUGAUGCUGCGAAUACCAAUGGAGAUGACGGCGGAACUGACUGGUUCGAGGAGUGCGUAAAGGUAUCCAAACGCGUCAAAGAACUCCAGGAUCUCUUGGAUCGGCAAGAUGGAGUAUUCAAAGAGAUGGAAGCACAGAGGGAGGCUUUUAAAGAAGAGAUUAAAAAGCUGAAGGAGUCGACUACAAAGAAGGAAGACGAUGAAUCCGUCGYUCUCCAGGGUGUACCAGAAUUGCUGAAGGACAUCCAGAAUGUGGUCGACAAGUUGCGGAAGAAAGAUACCCGUACAAAGAACACUCCAAAGCCAAUCCGCUUCUACUCUGACACUGAUCUUGCCGCGAAGGAACUGCAAAGCAUGAAGAAAGCCAAGACCAAUGCCGUGUUYAUCGUCGCAGAUGCCUUCUCAACAAGUGACAAAGAAUUUGCUUACAAGAGAUUCAAUAAGAAAAAGAACAAGAAGUUGCGCAAAAAGAUGAAGAUCAAGAGUUUGCUUGAGUCAAACACAACCCUUMGAGACACUGUAGGCAUUCAAGAGGAAGUGGCACCCAGUGAUAACGCUCCAUGCCAACCAUCUUCUCAUUUGGAGCUAAAGGCUAACGAGGGAUUGUCACCCGAGGAAAGCUCAAAGGAAACGAUUCGACUUGAGAAAUGCUCUACUGAUGAGAAGACAACCCAAGAAGACUCUGCCGAAACAGAAGUGCUUCAAUCCUCUGCAACCACAGAAUCAACCCUAGAAGAAGGCGCAGKUGAGGAACAAUUGGUYYAURGAGAAKUAAUUGCCGAUGCAGAGASAGGAAGACAUCUAUCUCCUGAGCCCACAGWAUCACUCCAGGGAGACGACGCAGAGGAGACAGARUUGGCCCAAGGGCAAGAAGCCCCAUAA